AUGUUGGAACAAACGAACCCGGUCCCUGUGACGUACCCGACGGAUGCCUACAUCCCCACAUACCUGCCCGAUGAGAAGGUCUUCAACCUGGCAGAUUUGAAAAAGCUGAUAGAAAUGGAUUCCAGACUGGACCUGUAUUUGACAAGAAGAACACUGGACACGUCGAUCAAUUUGCCCACAAACAACACAACGAAGGACCACACCCCUGACAAAAAGACGCUGAGAAUUUUCGUUUACAACACCACGCAAAACCAGCCCCACAGCGACGCUGAUGGCUCGGCAGACCCAAGCAAGGCUACGUGGACGUUGAGAAUAGAAGGUAAGCUACUACACGAAGUCUCGGACAAGGGGCACCCAUUUAGUGAGUUUUUGGAGGGGAUCGCCAUUGAUUUCAAAAAACUGAGGAYGUUGAGCAAGAAAAGGAAACGUGACUCGUCGUUAAGCCUUCCCUUGAACCUUCAGCAGGCCGAGGACGACUACGCAAAUACCUCUGUGGGCGAUGAAGACGACGGCGAUGAAGACGACGACGAUGACGAAUCAAAAGAGGAGAUUGUGGACGCCCUCGAGUGGAACUACGAUGAAAACAACAUUGUGGAGUUCGACGGUAUUGACGUCAAAAGACAGGGCAAGGAAGAGUUGAAGUGCAGUAUUACCAUCCAGUUGAAGGGCGUAGAUGGCAGUAAAGUGCAGUACUCGCCCGACUUGGCUACGUUGAUUGGGAUGCAAACUGGGUCAGUCAAUGACGCGGUAUAUUCAAUCUACAAGUACAUUUUGAUGAACAAUUUACUCGUCACGGAACAGACCAAGUCCCAAGACGACGCCAACGACGUCGAAAAUAAUAACGAGAACAGCAUCAGCGACGAUGACAAUGACGACGAAGACGAGUCCCAAGAUAGGCCCGAACUGGGUGAAGUGAAGCUAGACUCGCUUCUGCAAAGGGUAUUGGAUACCAAGGCCAUGCACGUUCCCUUGAUGAGUGUCGUGGAAAGCAUAAACAGGCUCGUUUUGCCCCUACCCCCCAUCAAACUGGACUACACGAUCGAUAUCUCCAAGGACACCACGUACGGUKCCACAACGUUGGAUGUGGACGUAUCGCACAUUCUCCAAUCCCAAUCACAGCCACACGAUGAAAAAGAGGAUAGCCACGCUGACGACACUGCCAAGCUACGUGAAAUCACCAAGCUCGCUUUACAACUGAAUUCCAGUGCCCAAAAGUACCAAUUCUUCAACGAAUUGUCGCUGCAUCCAAGAGAAACGCUGACCCACUAUCUGUGGUCUUCCAAGCAAAACGAACUGGUGCUGCAGGGCGACCAGUACUUCAACGAAGACGCCGCAAGAACCAGCGACAUCUACAACAACAACGACGACGACAGGGCGCUGAUGGGCAACAUUUCCGUGCUCUACUCCCAGGGAAGACUAUAA